AGUUGGCUGUCGCAGUGGUCGUGCACCACCCGCGGGCGGUGCUGCCGGAAGCCCCUCCCGGGGCCGCGGCUCGGUGGCUGGCUGACCGCGGCUGUCACUCCCGGGCGUUUUCCCCGGGCCGGUGCUCAGCUGGGGCGGAGGAAGAGGCGGCCAGGGCCUGCCGAGCCGUUGCAGUCUUCGCGGCUGCUAUGCUCAGGGAGCGCAGCGCCCUCCGCAGCUCCGCGCAGCCCUAGAGGCAGCCGAGCGCCCGCCGACGCCGCCCGGAUCACCGGUGCCACCGCUACCCCGGUCCCGCAGCUCCCGUGGAUUCUCCGGCGCUGCUUGCGAGGCCAGACGGAGGCAAGAUGAAGAUGACGGUGGAUUUCGAGGAGUGUCUGAAGGACUCGCCCCGUUUCAGGGCUGCUUUGGAAGAAGUAGAAGGAGAUGUGGCUGAGCUGGAACUGAAACUGGACAAGCUGGUAAAACUUUGUAUCGCGAUGAUUGAUACCGGCAAAGCCUUUUGUGCCGCAAAUAAACAGUUCAUGAAUGGGAUCCGAGACCUGGCCCAGUAUUCUAGCAAUGACGCUGUGGUUGAGACGAGUUUGACCAAGUUUUCUGACAGUCUUCAGGAAAUGAUCAAUUUCCACACAAUUCUGUUUGACCAAACUCAGAGAUCAAUUAAGGCCCAGCUUCAGAACUUUGUCAAAGAAGAUCUUAGAAAAUUCAAAGAUGCCAAGAAACAAUUUGAAAAAGUCAGUGAAGAAAAGGAAAACGCUCUAGUAAAAAACGCCCAAGUUCAAAGAAACAAGCAGCACGAGGUUGAAGAGGCUGCAAACAUUCUCACGGCCACGCGGAAGUGCUUCCGGCACAUAGCGCUCGACUAUGUCCUGCAGAUUAACGUGCUUCAAUCAAAAAGGAGAUCGGAAAUCCUGAAAUCAAUGCUGUCCUUCAUGUAUGCACAUCUGGCCUUCUUCCAUCAAGGGUAUGACCUGUUCAGUGAGCUUGGGCCCUACAUGAAAGAUCUUGGCGCACAGUUGGAUCGACUGGUUGUGGAUGCAGCAAAGGAGAAAAGAGAAAUGGAGCAAAAACAUUCUACGAUCCAGCAGAAGGAUUUCUCCAGUGAUGAUUCCAAGUUAGAGUAUAACGUAGACGCUGCAAACGGCAUUGUCAUGGAAGGGUAUCUGUUCAAACGAGCCAGCAACGCCUUCAAAACGUGGAACAGGAAAAAGCCCGAUCACAUCAGACGCUGGUUCUCCAUACAGAACAAUCAGCUGGUUUACCAGAAAAAGUUUAAGGACAGCCCCACUGUGGUGGUGGAAGACCUCAGGCUCUGCACAGUGAAGCACUGUGAAGACAUCGAGCGACGGUUCUGCUUUGAGGUCGUCUCUCCCACAAAAAGUUGCAUGCUCCAAGCAGAUUCCGAAAAGCUUCGCCAGGCCUGGAUUAAGGCUGUUCAGACCAGUAUUGCAACUGCUUACAGAGAGAAAGGCGAUGAAUCAGAGAAACUGGAUAAGAAAUCGUCUCCAUCGACAGGAAGCCUAGAUUCUGGAAGUGAGUCUAAAGAGAAAUUACUGAAAGGAGAAAGUGCUCUGCAGCGUGUGCAGUGUAUCCCUGGCAACACCAGCUGCUGCGACUGUGGUCUCGCAGACCCCCGCUGGGCCAGCAUCAACCUGGGCAUUACCUUGUGUAUUGAGUGCUCUGGGAUUCAUCGGAGUCUCGGGGUUCAUUUUUCGAAAGUGAGAUCUUUAACUUUAGACACUUGGGAGCCUGAGCUCUUAAAGCUUAUGUGUGAACUGGGGAACGAUGUUAUAAAUCGUGUUUAUGAAGCUAAACUGGAAAAAAUGGGAGUAAAGAAACCACAGCCAGGACAAAGACAGGAGAAGGAGGCAUAUAUCAGAGCAAAAUAUGUGGAGAGGAAAUUCGUGGAUAAAUACUCUACAUUGCUGUCACCUUCCGAGCAGGAGAAAAGGAUCAUCUCCAAGAGCUGUGAGGACCAGAGACUGAGCCACACCAGAGUGUCUGUCCACACCCCAGUGGCUGCUGUAAAUAGCGACGAGGCCAGGCGGGAGUCUCUGUUCUGUCCUGAUGAGCUAGAUUCACUCUUCUCCUACUUUGAUACUUCUUCAAAACUGCGUAGUAUCAAAAGUAAUGACAGUGGGAUCCAGCAAUGCUCUGAUGAUGGACGGGAGUCUUUACCUUCCACCGUGUCAGCCAAUAGCUUAUACGAGCCCGAAGGAGAAAGGCAAGAAUCUUCUGUGUUUCUCGACUCUAAACAUCUUAAUCCAGGACUUCAGCUUUAUAGGGCUUCGUAUGAAAAAAACCUUCCCAAAAUGGCCGAGGCUUUGGCUCAUGGUGCAGAUGUGAACUGGGCUAAUUCAGAUGAAAACCAAGCAACACCACUCAUUCAGGCUGUAUUAGGGGGCUCUUUGGUGACAUGUGAGUUCCUGUUGCAGAAUGGUGCUAAUGUGAACCAAAGAGAUGUCCAAGGGCGGGGACCGCUGCACCACGCCACCGUCUUAGGACACACAGGGCAGGUAUGUUUAUUCCUAAAGCGAGGUGCCAAUCAACAUGCCACUGAUGAAGAGGGGAAGGACCCUCUGAGUAUAGCUGUGGAAGCAGCCAAUGCUGACAUAGUAACGCUGUUACGCUUAGCAAGAAUGAAUGAGGAAAUGCGGGAAUCCGAAGGACUUUAUGGACAGCCAGGUGAUGAAACUUACCAGGAUAUCUUCCGUGAUUUUUCUCAAAUGGCAUCCAAUAAUCCAGAGAAACUCAAUCGUUUCCAGCAAGAUUCACAGAAGUUCUGAUCCUUUUAAAAGGGGGAAACUAUGAAAUUUGGUGAAUUCUUAAUGUGUGCAACCAGAAACUCACACAUUUUUUACUACUUUAAUUCCACUUAGUUUUGGUAGGCAUUGAAUCGUUUGGAAAAAAAUGGUACCCAUUCAUUUUGGAUUUUUGUAAAUGAAAACACGAUCUCUCAUAACUGGGAAAGGGAGAAAUCCACUGUAGUUCCUCUUUGAUUUGAGAAGAGAAAAGCCUUUUUUUUUUUUUUUUAAACUGGGUUGCGCUUUUAUAUAAAGUUGUAUCCAGAUCUAAGCAUCUCUAAGUUCUGAGGUGCUACACUGGAGACCCCUCCAUCCUUUGCCAUGCAUGGUGGUACUCUGGUUCCCCUGGGAACAUUCAGUCAUUGUGUCUGCGUCAGGUGGAACCAGUUAUCUCACCUGCUUGGAGGAUGUGCUGUCCUCAUAAUCGUUGGUGGUUCAGAAGUAGGUCUGCGUGCUUUCUGGUAGCUUAGCCGUGGCACCCACAGUGUGCAGUGCAGUUGCCAUGACCAGUGGGUUCGCACCGUGUUUGUUCAGAGGUGUCAUUGUCCUCCAGGCCCCAGCAACACGGUUGCCGCGUGAGUAGACCACACUUCACUCUUUAGAUUUAUUUUGUCUCAUAGUGAAGAGAAGCUUUUACUGUUUUCUUUCUUCCAUCACCCAAAGAAUCCUAGCUCAGCUUCUGUUGUCAGGUUGACUUCCUGAAACCUUGACAGAUCAUCAGUGCAACAAAACCGGAUUUCAGAAAUUGACUAUUGCAAAAUCGGGCUUUCAUCCAAACACGGUGAUGUCAAAGAUAAUAUUUUAGGGCAUUUUUAUAUUUGGAAUUAAUCCAUUUUAAGAUACAUAUUUUUUAGUGUUACUCUUGGUGAAAGAAAAAUCUCCAUGUAAUGGAAGAGAAAGCUAAUUUUUUUCCUGUUUAUACUAAAACUUACCAGCAAUAAAGUCCUUUUAUUUUUUUCUACAUUUAUCUUGUGUACUAUACAACAGUAUACAUUCUUUUAAAUCGUAUCUUGUAUAUAGCUUUAGAAUUAAGUAAAAUAAGUCCUUUAGAGUUCCAAAAUUAUGCACAUGUGAGUUUGUCUGGUCCCAGCUCUGCUCGAUGUGUCUUGUCGAAGGACGGGAUGGAGUAACCGCCUUGUAGCUCAUUGCCAGCACUGUUGACUGCGCUUAACCCUUUACAAGGUAUUUGUAAGUAGCAUCAAUACUCAGUGUCACAGGAACAUUUUGAAAUGUAUGUAAAAUUAUAGUUAAUUAAGUAAACACUUUAACAUUUUCCCCACAGUAUAUAGAGCUUUAUUUUAAUUAAAUAUAAAAUCAAAUCUAAGGAGAGAUUCUAUUGAAAUAAAUUUGCCACCCAGAUAAGGUCCCCUGGUUCGGCCAACUUGCAAACAUGCAGUACUUAGUAAGCCAUCACACCAAGGCUAAGAAUCUGUUGUGAUUUGUUUCUGGGGAAAUGUAAACUCCCACAGGGUGAAAGGAUUUUGUCCUUGCUGUCUCACCUCAGGCUUUCAGGUCAUCUGGUCUUGUAGGCAUUUUGAUAAAGUAAAAGGACUGGUGUGUGAUAUUUUAAUUGGUAUGUAUUUUGAAAUUUAUUGUCCUAAAACAUGUUCAAGGAAGAGAAAUAGGCUAAGGAUAGGGAAGAAAGCCGGCUGCCUCUCCUCCACAGCGCCCCUUGGCCGCUCCUGGAGCUCCUGCCUUGUUUGUGAAGGUGCAGGUGGGGCUCCCUUUGGUUCCGCUGCUUGGGGCAGUUCCUCUGGACCCGCUGCCUUCCUGGCUGUGGCCCUCAGUAGUAUCUGCUGCCCUUUAAUGACUAGCGUGUUUUUUGAAAAGAAAAAAAAAAAAGCCUUAAAGAUUCAAGUGUAAUGCCUUAAAGAUUAUCAUGGUUCUGAAUAUCUUUAGAGUUCAGAUUCAGCUCCAUCAUUUAGUACUGUGGAAAGGCUGGCCACAAAACUGUAUUGCUGUGGCUUACUUCAUUGUCUCAAUGUACUGACAAACUGGCUGAGAGAAAGGGCUGGAGUGUAGCGAGGCUUUUAAUGGAGAGUUAUAAGGAGGCCGGCUGCCCCUUAGAGGAGUCGUGCUGUGCUCGCUAACAGCUUUCUGUGGUGUGUGGAGCAUUCCGAGCAUUAGAUGAGCGCACACGGUGCCGGCCAGACACCCAGCCUGCUCCUCCUGAUGCCCUGCUGUCUCUCCAGGACAGGCAUGCUGGUAAUGGUGUCAUUCUUCAUCAUUCUUAGUUCUUUUUCAUGCUCUCAUUGAUGUGAAAACUGGGUUACUGCCAGAACAGUAGAGGCGCUCUGAAGGGUUCCUAGGCACAACUUCAGUGUGGAUGUAGACAUCGGUGAUGGAGCUGAUGAGUUCACCAGGCUCCAUUGCAACCCAUGCUGAAGAUUCCUGAGAUUUCCAGCCCUCAAAAGUCAAUUCCAGCCCUGCAGUGUGCUUAGUUGAUUGAUGCUGGUGUCCACCGUAGUUUACUGAACUCUGGUACUUCCUUCCCCCAAAGUAACACAGCUUGCGACUUGUACGUUAGUACAGCAAAGGUGCAUUUUUGGGGAAAAAAUAUACACUCACACUUUACAGAAUUUUAAUUUGUGAUCAUGUUAGGAGUAUUUAAAAAUAAAAUUAUUUUUAUAUUAGAUAUGAUUAUAAGCCAAGCUGUGUUUAAAACUAAACUGCUACCCACUUUGAGUAAUUAGACAUUCCUAGGUUGCCCAUUUAAAUGAACUCUUUGUGUGGUUGCGAUUUGACCAUUAGCCAGGGCUGUGUGGUUUUUACAAUGAUGUCCUAUACCCAUAAGAACCGAGUUCAUUUCCUUGGACCCAGGGCUUCUGACACACAAAGUGAUUGAUGAAGCAAAGGGAGCCGUAAACCUCCCUUUGUACGCUUUAUGACUCAGCUGGGCUUUCACAUCACCCUUUCUCUCCUGGUGUCACGGGAGCACUUGGAGGACUUCUGAGACCAUGGUCGCUGUCAGCCUUGUCCAUGUCUCCAUUCCUAGGCAGCUGCUCUUGUUUUGCAGAGAUGGUCACUUGCUUUGCUAGUUGGAGGCUAAGCCGACCCGUGACAAGGUCUGACAUGUGCUUCAAAAGCAUGUGUGUGUGAAUGGAUCCAGUAUCACUGUAAAACAGGAGCUUUCCCUGUGUCUGACAGGAACUUGCAAUACUGUGGAGAACCUCCUUGUGAAGUUUAGAGGAACAGAUUGGAAUUUGAAAGCAUCAAUUGUAGAAAAGUCUACAUUUUUUACAAUGGAAAGCAUUAACAAAGGGAAGUCUUAGAAAGUUAAACUCACCACUCAUUACUUUUGUAAUGUUUUCUAAUGAGACCUAGGUUCUGCCUGGCAGAGUCCUGCCACCUCCGAGUGAUUGCUGUGGCGGGGGGGGGGGGGGGGGGGGGGGGGCCUCAUGUGCACAGAGAAAGAUUCAAUUGAAUACAAUUUUUCUUCGAGUUGGUCUUCCCACUAUUAUUUUCUAGUUCUGUCUCAUUCAUCAGCCUCAUUUUGGGUAUUAAUUAAUUCUUACAGGGAAAGCUUGCUGUGUUCCAAGGUUUUAGCACCAUUUUACACGAAGGCUAAAGGUUAGCUUUUAGAAAUGAUGGGCGCCUUUUAAAAUAGAUGUUUACUUGUGCUCUGUGAAGUUUCUGGAUCAUUCCGGUCGCCAAGGCUGAUCAUCUGUACUAUUUCAUGCUACCUGAGAAAGGAUUUUAAGAAUGUAUAACCAACACUCCAUUACUUUUUAUUAGUAUGUAGGGGAUUUGUAUCUAAUUCAUGAAUGUAGUUUUACUGUAGUUUGUCAUUGUAAAUGAAGCAAAGUACAUUAUCUUUAUAGUUAUUCUAAAAUGUACAUUAUGUAAGAAUUGUAAAUAUAUUGACUACUUUGUAUGCUGAAAAUUUACAAUAUUAAGUCAAUAAAAAUAUCUCACUUCUGGCACA